AACAAACAAAAAAACGCUCUUAUAUCUUUUCCGUGGUCAAAUAUUAGUUUUACACUAAUUCAAACUCAAGAUGCAGUUCUCGUGGAUGAAAGUGGCCAUAUAUGUGCUGACAUUUCUCACAUACGCCUACUCCGGCUACGGAUCAAGCACAAUUGUCCAUGUGUUUGUAUUCCCCUCUGGACAGCUAAGGGAUGCUAUUAUUGCAGCCGAGGCAAUCUUCGGUGACGUGUUCAAGAAUCUCAUCACGGUUGUUCGCAAGUUUCGCACCGUCCACGAGGUGUUCGAUGCUGCCGUGGAGGAGAAUUGUGUGUUUCAGUGUCCACCGCCAGACGGAGGGGGCCCAGCACCUCGAGCAGUUCAGAAUAAGUUCUACACACCGACCGCAGAUGGCUGCGGUUCGCUGGGAUUGCGGAUAAGCACGGACUACCUGCCGGCAGUGGAGAUGGAGACAUGCUGCAACGACCACGAUAUCUGCUACGAUACGUGCAACAGUGACAAGGAGCUGUGUGACCUGGACUUUAAGCGGUGUCUCUACAAGUACUGCGACAGCUAUGAGAAAUCCUUGACCAGUGACCUGAUGACGAAGGGUUGCAAAGCCGCUGCCAAGAUGCUGUUCACGGGUACACUAACCCUCGGCUGCCGGUCGUUUCUGGACUCACAGAAGCGCUCCUGCUACUGUGCCCCAGCCAAAGCAAGCUCCUACAAUGGCAACAAGUAUGCAAACAGCAAGGAAAAGCAGCAGCGCCAGAAGUCUGGCUGGAAAGAUCGCAACGAGAUAUAGCACUUAGCUAAUUUAUAGACGCACAAGCCUUAGAGGACAGACGUAUAAUUAAGAACAUUUGUGUUGAAUGUUGUCGUUAAACUUCGUUUCAUGUUGGUUUUUAGUGAAGCGGAGCCCAUUUCCCGCCAUUAAUGGAAAUUGGGCUUCCUUAUCUGACGAAUUUUUGUAUUUAUAAACCAAAGAAAGUAUCUACACUCCCCAAUAAAUAUGUGGAUAUUCUAACCAAUGAAAA